GGGUGGGUGUGGCUUCUCGCCCCGCCCACCGCCCCGCCCCUCUCCGGCGCUCCAGCGCCAUGGGCGAGGGGGAGCCCAGCAUGGCCGACUACCUGAUCAGCGGGGGCACCGGCUACGUGCCCGAGGACGGGCUCACGGCCCAGCAGCUCUUCGCCUCCGCCGACGGCCUCACCUACAAUGACUUCCUCAUCCUCCCCGGCUUCAUCGACUUCACAGCUGACGAGGUGGACCUGACGUCGGCGCUGACCCGCAAGAUCACCCUGAAGACCCCCCUCAUCUCCUCCCCCAUGGACACCGUCACCGAGGCCGAGAUGGCCAUCGCCAUGGCCCUGAUGGGCGGCAUCGGCAUCAUCCACCACAACUGCACCCCCGAGUUCCAGGCCAACGAGGUGCGCAAGGUGAAGAAGUUCGAGCAGGGUUUCAUCACGGACCCGGUGGUGAUGAGCCCCACGCAGACGGUGGGGGACGUGUGGGAGGCGAAGGCGCGGCACGGCUGUCACGCAGACGGGCGGCUGGGCAGGCUGGAGGGCAUGGUCACCUCCCGCGACAUCGACUUCCUCGCCCAGAGGGACCGCGGCACCCGCCUGGCCGAGGUGAUGACGAAACGCAACGACCUGGUGGUGGCUCCGGCCGGCGUCACCCUCAAGGAGGCCAACGAGAUCCUGCAGCGCAGCAAGAAGGGGAAGCUGCCCAUCGUCAACGAGAGCGGGGAGCUGGUGGCCAUCAUGGCGCGCACCGACCUGCGGAAGAACCGCGAGCACCCGCUGGCCUCCAAGGACGGGCGGAAGCAGCUGCUGUGCGGGGCCGCCAUCGGCACCCGCGACGACGACAAGUACCGCCUCGACCUGCUCGUGCAGGCCGGCGUCGACCUCGUCGUGCUGGACUCCUCGCAGGGGAACUCCACGUACCAGGUCGGGCUGAUCCGCUACAUCAAGCAGAAAUACCCCGAGCUGCAGGUGAUCGGGGGCAACGUGGUGACGGCCGCCCAGGCCAAGAACCUCAUCGACGCCGGCGUGGACGCGCUGCGGGUGGGCAUGGGCUGCGGCUCCAUCUGCGUCACCCAGGAAGUGAUGGCGUGCGGGCGGCCGCAGGGCACGGCCGUGUACAAGGUGGCCGAGUACGCGCGGCGCUUCGGCGUGCCCGUCAUCGCCGACGGCGGCAUCCGCACCGUGGGGCACGUGGUGAAGGCGCUGGCGCUGGGGGCUUCCACCGUGAUGCUGGGGUCCCUGCUGGCCGCCACCACGGAGGCGCCGGGGGAGCUGUUCUUCUCGGAGGGGGGGCGGCUGAAGCAGUACCGGGGCAGGGGCUCCCCCGACGCCGCGCGCGAGGGGGGCGGCAGCCACCAGCGCUACUUCAGCGAGGGGGAGGCGGUGACGGCGGCGCCGGGGGGGCCGGGCUCCGCCCGGGACAAGGGCUCCGUCCACAAGUUCGUGCCGCCCCUGAUCGCGGGGAUCCAGCGCGGCUGCCGGGACAUCGGCGCCAGGAGCCUCUCCGGGCUGCGGUCCAUGAUGUACUCGGGGGAGCUGAAGUUCGAGAGGAGGACCAUGGCGGCGCAGAUCGAGGGGGGGGUCCACGGGCUCCACUCUUACGAGAAGCGGCUGUACUGAGGAGGGGGCGCACGCCGGGACCCCCCGCCCGCCCCCCGCCGGCCCCCCCCCGGCGCCCCCCCCCCACCCACCGCUAGUGCCGCGCCGGGGCUGGUUUUGCACUACGGGCGGGACCCCCGGCCAGCC